UGACAGGUCACUGACGGGGGCACCAUUAAACAGAAGAUCUUCACCUAUGAUGCCAUGUUCAACACCAAUUACUCUCACAUGGAGGACUACCGCAAGCGAGAAGACCUGGUCUACCAGUCCACGGUCCGGCUUCCAGAGGUGCGGAUCUCAGACAACGGGCCCUAUGAGUGCCACGUGGGCAUCUACGACCGGGCCACCAGGGAGAAGGUGGUCCUGGCAUCUGGAAACGUCUUUCUCACCGUUAUGUCGCCCCCGAAUAACAUCUCGGUGAUGGCCGAGAACACCCCUGCUCCGUUCAGCCGGUACCAGGCCCAGAACUUCACGCUGGUCUGCACCGCAAGAGGAGGGAAGCCUGCCCCGUCGGUGUACUUCAAGCGUGAUGGGGAGUUGAUCGAGGUCAUCUCCUACAUCCACCCCUCGGCUUUGGAGGAGGGGGCAGGCGGGGGCUCGGCGGGGGUGCGUGGGGCCCGCCCCCUCAUCAGCCGAGACCUGGACGACACCAAACUCCAGAGGUCCCUCUCCCUGCUGGACCCCGAGGGACGACCCGUGCGCCUGUUCACCGAGCCCCCGGCCCGGGGCAGCCACACCCAAGGCCAGCAGGCACCCGAGCCCAGCCCCGCCACGGAGGUCAUCCCGGAGACAGUGGUGAGCCGCGAGUUCCCCCGCUGGGUCCAGAGCACCGACCCUCUGUACUACUUCAGCCACACCCACAUCCCCCAGAGUGACGGGUCGGUCCUGGUCCAGGCCAGGCUCACGUGGACCCUCAACCCCCAGCUGGACAACGACGCCCUGUUCAGCUGCGAGGUCAAGCACCCGGCUCUGUCCAUGCCCAUGCAGACGGAGGUCACUCUGGCGGCCCCUAAGGGCCCCAAGCUCCUGAUGACUCCCACCAGGGCAAAGGUAGGGGACACGGUGCGCAUCACCGUCCAAGGCUUCCAGAAUGAGGUGUUCCCCGAGCCGCUCUACACCUGGACGCGUGUGGGGGGGCGGCUGCUGGACGGGAGCACGGAGAAGGACGGCAAGGAGCUGAUCCUGGAGCGCGUGCCGGCUGAGCUCAACGGCUCCAUGUACCGCUGCACGGCCCAAAACCCCCUGGGCUCCACCGACACGCACACGCGCCUCAUCGUCUUUGAAAACCCAGCCAUGAUGAAGAACACUCAGAAUCCAACCAAUGGUGGCUCAUCUCCACACGUGAUCAGACUAACAUGGAUGCUGCUGGUCCUCACAGUGACUGCCGGACUGACGUGAACUCCCUUCCGACACACACACACACACACACACGCGUGUAUACACAGGAGAACGUACAUCUCAACAUAUUUCCUGUCUACUUACAAUAAAUACACAUACAUGAACACACCCAAACGCACACAGACACAAGCAACAAACACACAUGUACGAGCACACAUUCACCACAAUCCUGCAAGCCUUUUCCAGUCACCCAACAGACCCCAGAUGCGUCCGUUUAUCAGGAAACCGGUUUGCCAACAGGGGGCGCUCCACUCAGUUUUUUGUUAUGAAAUGAUAACCAAUAUUAUGAUAUCAAAAGAAUAACAACUGUGAGAAAAAAAAGAGAAAAAAAAAACACCUUCAGUAUAUCCUCGCCAAGCCACACCCUUUUUUUCGUUUCCUGUCCCACGUCUGCCUGUUGAUCAAUGAAAUCAGUUGUUUGAAGAAAAAAAUGUGAAAUGUGAAAAAGAAAAAAGCAUUUGGGUUUGUUGUGCUCCAUUGAACCGUCGUGGCUGGUGUCGCCUGAACAGAGCAGGGGGAGAGAGAGAGACAUAUGUGGGCCGGCCCUCCAUAAUGACCCAGCCCACACUGCCCCCAGCCCCCCCAGGCCUGAGUCCCCUUCUGGUCAUACCAUGCCUGGGAACAAGACCGGAUGCUCUCAGAGAACAUUCUUUUCUAUUACGACACAAUGGUUUUAUUUUUAGUUCAAAUGGCUCCGAAUGUACAAGAGGACUUACAACCAAGCAAAAAUGAAAAGCGACCGAAUCUCCUUUUUUGAGUGUAUUUUGUGUACAUCUGUGUAAAUAUUGAAGAUAAUUAAAGAAGUUCUAUAGGUUCAGGUUGUUGGAUAUGGAAGGGUUUCAGCUCACAGCCUUUUAUUUGUAUCUCCUCAUCAUCCUUCGCUGGUUACAGAAAGAGGCUGUGAGGAGAGAUUCAAGGCACAGACCUCUCAUCUCUCAUACAGUUUCUCGAAAUUUGUACAACAAGCCGGAAAACCAGGACAGAAAAAAAGAAAAAAGAAUUCAACUAUCUACCAUAUGUCUGCUGUUUUUUGGGGUUGUGGUGCAUGUGACGUUUGACGAUUCUUUCUCCUUUUUGUGUGUUGCAGUUAGUCAACAACACUGCACUUCACUGUCACUGGGCUGUAAUCCAGUAAUUUACUUGUUCCAUACUAUCUUAAGUGACCUGCGUUGUGUACAAUACGUAACCCUUACCCUGUCAUGGACUAGUAGGAUCAUUUUAGCUGCCAUUCUGAGAGGACGUUCACUGGAUGCAGCGUGUAAACAGGGUUGUUGCAUUUGUUUCACAUCACCUGUAUUAAACAUGGAGAGAUGCUUAA